GGUCGCGCGCAGAUGCGCCGCGUUGACGUGGUAACUGGCAGCGUUAGGACGCGAACCUCCGAACAUAGGCGAGCAAAAGGCGACGGCGCCGUCAUGUUGGCCUUCGCCAUCUUCGCUGUCACUUUUGUCAUCAUUUUGGUCGGAGCGGUUCUCUACUUGUACCCGUCUUCCAGAAGGGCCUCUGGUGUCCCUGGUCUUUUCCCCACAGAUGAGAAGGACGGAAACCUGCAGGACAUCAUCAACCGAGGCAGCCUGCACGAGUUCCUCGUCGACCUGCAUCGGGAGUUUGGAUCCGUGGCGUCCUUCUGGUUCGGCGGGCGGCCGGUGGUCAGCCUGGGUUCCGUGAACCAGCUCAGGCAGCACGUCAACCCCAAUCACACCACUGACUCCUUUGAGACCAUGUUGAAGUCGCUGCUGGGAUACCCCCCGGGGAUGGGAGGCGGGCCCAACGAGUCAGUGGUUAGAAAGAAAUUGUACGAAGGCGCCAUCAAUAACAGCCUGAAGAACAACUUCCCAGUCAUGCUCAAGGUGGCGGAGGAACUUGUGGGAAAGUGGAAGUCGUUCCCGGAGGCUCAGCACAUCCCGCUGUGCGCCCACCUGCUGGGUCUGGCCCUGAAGACCGUCACCCAGCUGGGUCUGGGCGAGCGCUUCAAAGACGACGCCGAAAUCAUCUCCUUCCGCAAGAACCACGACGCGAUCUGGUCUGAAAUCGGGAAGGGUUACAUGGACGGCUCCAUGGAGAAGAGCUCCAGCAGAAAAGCUCAUUAUGAGAAGGCUUUGUCAGAGAUGGAAUCCAUGCUUCUGUCAGUGGUGAAGGAGAGGAAGGCCCAGAGGAAACGGACGGCGUUUGUGGAUGCUCUUCUUCAGUCCAGUCUCACAGAACGACAGGUCAUGGAGGACUGCAUGGUCUUCACUCUGGCUGGAUGCGUCAUCACCGCUAACUUGUGCAUCUGGGCGCUUCACUUCCUGUCCACGUCCAAAGACGUCCAAGACAAACUCUACCAGGAGUUACAAGACGUUUUGGGUUCCGAUCCAAUUUCCCUAGACAAGAUCCCUCAGCUCAGAUACUGCCAGCGGGUUCUCAACGAGACCGUCCGGACCGCCAAGCUGACCCCCGUAGCUGCUCGACUUCAGGAAGUGGAGGGCAAAGUCGGCCAACACGCGAUCCCUAAGGAGACUUUGGUAAUCUACGCCCUGGGAGUAGUCCUUCAGGAUGCAGACGCAUGGAGCGCCCCCUACAGGUUUGAUCCGGAUCGAUUUGAGGACGAAUCUGCGAGGAAGAGUUUCUGCCUCCUCGGCUUCUCGGGGAAUCAAACGUGUCCGGAACUCGGGUUUGCUUACACCGUCGCUACGGUCCUGCUCAGCACGUCGGUGCGACAGCUGAAGCUUCACCAGCUGGAAGAUCAAGUGGCAGAAGUCAAAUCUGAGCUGGUGUCCACACCUAAGGACGAAACUUGGAUCACCGUCAGCAGCAGAGAAAGCUGAAAAUAGUGGACGAGAGCCCAGCAACUGCAGCAUCACGCUCUUGGAAAACAAUCGACUGGAGCGAGGAUUUACCAGCAAAGUAUUACAGUUGUGGUUUCGAAUGAAGCUCUCAAUUAGACCUGUUGCAAGGACUAGAGACUUUCAGGACAUUUCUAACCUGCAGCCAAAUAGAAGCCUCCUUCAUAAACGGACCAGCUCUAAAGGCAAGAGCUCUGAGGUUUUAUUUUUAAAGGAGCGCACCGUAACAAACACUGCCAUUUGGCGGCUUUCCAAAAUGUGGCCGACCUGUUUUCGAGCAAGAAAUUAUGUCUUUAUCAACGAUUAUGUAAAUCAUCUGCGGAGACGAUUUCAGCUCUUCCUGUUUCUGGAUCCACAAAAUGAGCCACUUUUUUUUUUUCUCUUUUAAAAAGAAUGUUGAAACUCUCUAAUUUUGCCAAAAUCAAUAAAAAAUUUUAAAUAUUUUCUUUAAAAAUCAGUAGACACUACCUGAAACAUUGUUUUUAAAACCUGAUUUCUUUUUAUGUUUAUAAUAACGGUCUUCUUCAUUUUUGUCACUGAUUCAGGGCAAAAUAUUUGAGCCUUACAGCAUCUGGACAUUUCAUUUCACUUUUAUAAGGCCUGUAGUUUAAUAAACUUGAUCAGAAAAUA